CGGCGGCGGCGGCGCGAGGAUGAGCGGGAGGCGGGUGGACGCCAAGGUGGUGCUGCUGGGGCAGGAGGGGGUGGGCAAGAGCAGCCUCGUGGAGCGCUGCGCCCACGGCCGCUUCCGCGCCGGGCCCUACCAGAACACGAUCGGAGCCGCUUUUGUGGCCAAGGUGAUGACCGUGGGCGACCAGACGGUGACCCUGGGCAUCUGGGACACGGCGGGCUCGGAGCGCUAUGAGGCCAUGAGCCGCAUCUACUACCGGGGAGCCCGGGCUGCCGUCGUCUGCUACGAUCUCACCGACAGUGGCAGUUUCCAGCGAGCCAAGUUCUGGGUGAACGAGCUGCAGAACUGUGAGGAGGGCUGCCGGAUCUACCUGUGUGGCACCAAGAGCGACCUGCUGGAGGAGGACAGGAGGAAGCGGGGGGUUGACUUCCACGAUGUGCAGGACUACGCUGAUGAGAUCAAAGCAGACCUCUUUGAGACCUCCAGUAAAACGGGACAGAGCGUGGAUGAGCUGUUCCAAAAGGUGGCCGAGGACUAUGUCAACUUCUCCGCCUUCCAGGUGAUGACAGAGGACAAGGGUGUCAACCUGGGCCAGAGGAACAGUCCCUAUUUCUACAGCUGCUGCCACCACUGAGCCCCUGUGCCAAAAGGGAAUUGCUGCUGCUGGACGGGCAGCUGGCGCUCACCGGACUCCUCCGGUUUUUUACCUGCUGUGUUUUAGCUGUUGGGGCCUGUGUGCAGCACAGCUACGGACUGCUCUCCUGGCACACAGAGCGGCACAGGGCUGCCGUGCAGUGCCAGGAAUCAUGGACUGUCACUCUGGGGACCCCCUCCCUGCCACCUGUGGUGUUUAUGGGAGCUGUGGUGGCCCAGCGGUGGCCAGUAACUUAUUCUCUCAGAGAUGCUCGAUUCUUUGCAGAUUUAUUUAAGCGUCUUCUCUCGAGGUGUACAAUGUAAAUAAAACGCGUUGUGGUCUGAGCCGUA